AAAAAAGGCAUACAUAAACUCUAGGUGUUUUGAUUGCAUUUUCAAUCAUGGCUGACUACCAACAACUUCCUCAACAAGACCCUGAACGCGGAGGCUAUUCUGUUCGGAGUCGAAUGACUUCUAUUUUUCAGGACAAAAAUAUUACGGCACUCUUAGUCGCGGCAGCGAUAGCUCUCCUAGGGAUGACUGCAUAUCUUCUUGGAGCCACCAAUGAAUUUUCCCACCACCCGAUUGAGUUUGAGGCUCCAGGAAUCUCUGCAAAACACUUCAUGCAAGGUGUAGCCAAGUGUAAAGCCAUCCGCCGUGAAGGUAAACAUCUGUACCCGGCUCCUGAAACUAGAACGCAUAAUCCAAGGUUCGUCAAUGGGACCGCACCUACACAUUUUUGAUGGUGUUUCUGAGGUCUUCAAAGGUGACGUCCUAGUCGACCAUGGCAUUAUUGUCGAGAUUGGUGAGGAUAUCAAGGGAUCCAAGGACACAGUUGUUGUCGACCUUAAAGGGCAUAUCUUAACUCCAGGCAUUGUGGACAUGCAUAACCAUGUAGGAGUUUUUUCUUGGCCAACUUUAUCAGCAACAAACGACUUUAAUGAAAUGAGCAACCCAACGGUACCAUUUGUGCGUUCCAUCGAUGGAUUCAACCCCAGUGAUGUCGCGCGAGAAUGGAUCGUUUCGGGCGGUGUCACUAGCACCCUAGUCUUACCUGGGUCCGGUAAUGUGAUAGGUGGUGAAGCUUUCGCAUUCAAGCUACGAAAGGUCGAUACACUCAGUACAGAGGAUAUGCAAAUCGAGGCGGGUGUAGAAGAGAAGUGGCGCUAUAUGAAGAUGGCAUGUGGUGAAAAUGCUAAAAACAAUUAUGGACGACGGGGCCAGAUGCCUUCUACACGACUUGGCGAGGGCUGGGUCUUCCGCGAGCAAUUCGCCAAAGCAACGGAACUUAAACGAGCUCAGGACGAUUGGUGUAACGCUAUAGAGAGACUACCUCGCUUUGGCCGUUAUCGUUUGAGCAUUCCAUUCCCAGAGGAUCCGCAAUAUGAGAGUUUAAUUGGCAUCCUUAGAGGCGAUGUCAAGCUCAACAUUCAUUGCUAUGAAACACAUGAUAUUGAGGCAAUGGUGCGCCACUCGAACGAGUUCAAGUUCAAGAUUGCAGCAUUCCACCAUGGCCUUGAUGCCUAUCGUAUCCCCGAUAUUCUCAAGCGCGCUUACAAGGGUGUCCCUGUAAUUGCUACUUUUGCUGGAAAAUUCGGCUACAAGAAAGAAGCUUUUCAGAGCUCCGUAAAUUCACCAAAGAUAUUGGUAGAUGCAGGUAUAUCUGUGGCUAUGAAGAGUGAUCAUCCAAUUCUAAAUUCACAGCACCUCAUCUACCAAGCAUCCAUGGCUCGUCAUUAUGGCCUCACAGAGCUGCAGGCACUAGCCUCUGUGACUUCUGUUCCAGCCAAAGCCAUAGGACAGGAUCACCGUAUCGGCAAAAUUGCAGUGGGUAUGGACGCGGACUUGGUCGUCUGGGAGAGGCAUCCCCUGUCUCUAGGAUCACAUCCUCUACAAGUUUACAUUGAUGGCAUAGCUCAAAUCAAGGACGCCGAUCCAUCACAAUGGAGUCACCAAAGUGAGCCGCUCAGAUUCCGAGAGUAUCUAGACCUGGCUGUGCCCAAGGCCAAGGACGCCUGCACAGACAAAGCUGAGGAUGGUAUAUUCACAGUGAUUAAAAAGAUUAUCCUUGAGAAUGUCGAAGAAGUGUCCUCCAACAACAGUUUGAGUGUAGUGGCCAAAGGCGGUCGAGUCAUUUGUAUCGGCCACUGUGGAGAGCACGUUGCUGCGGCGGAAAAAGAGGGCAUACCAAUGUAUGAUCUGGGUGGCGAGGGCGUUGUUUUACCUUCAUUUAUCUCUGUCGGCACACCUUAUCUUGGUCUACUUGAAAUUCCACCUGAGUCCAGUACGGGGGACGGUUAUUCAAAUCUGAAUCCCGAAAUUCUCCACGCGGCUGACGCCCUCAAGUUUGGUGGCCUUCACAUGGAUGAAGCCUAUAAGGCAGGAGUAUUGAUUGGUGUCACUGCGCCAGUAUCACAGCAUGUCAUCCAGGGGUCAGCGUUGCAUUCAGUACUGGCGCUCAAAAUGGAUGCUGUCCUCAAAAAAGAUGUAGCACUGCAUGUCAGGCUUGGUCAGGCAUCCAAGUCGAGGCUUUUUCCUACGGUUUCGUCCCAAAUUGCAUUCCUACGCUCUUCACUGGAAAAAGGACUGCUAAAUUUGUUUAAUCCUUCCCAUGAGUUUGCUCGGGUUGUCAAAGGAAAUCUUCCUUUAGUGGUCGAGGUCCAUAACCGAGACGAGAUUGUUCGCUUGAUACAGAUCAAAAAGGAGUUAGAACACCAGGGAGCGAAGAUCAAGCUGAGCUUGCUUGGAGCAACAGAAGCCUGGACAGUAGCAGAGCACCUGGCAGAGGCAGACAUUGGUGUCAUAUUGCGCCCAUAUCAUUGCACUCCUCACCAAUGGACAGCCCAAAGGUGCCUCCCGGGAGCCCCCCUGUCAAAAGGCACUGGACUUUCUGCAUUGUACGGGGCAGGUGUUACUGUAGGCCUUGCUGCAGAAGAAUUCGAGGAUAUUCGCCAUAUACUAUGGAUGGCUGCAUGGGCUCGCUCGGAUUUGGUGUCGGCCAUUAUUGGUGGGGGAAAGAGCGGUAUCCAUUGCAACCCACGCGCAUUCUAA